UUUCCGUGAAUAAUAAAAUGAGAUUAACUGAAAAUGUGGUGCGAAAUCUUCGCGUUGCGAAGAUAUUUCGAGAAAACACUGAACGCAUUAAUAGCAUUGAUUUCUCCUCAAACGGAGAGACAUUGAUUUCGAGUAGCGAUGAUGAUUCAAUUGUUAUUUAUGAUUGUUUGAACGGAACACCGAAAAGAACAUUAAACAGUAAAAAAUAUGGAGUAGAUUUAAUUAGAUACACACAUGCAGUUAAUGCAGCAUUGCAUUCUUCUACUAAAGUAGAUGAUACCAUAAGAUAUUUGUCGUUACAUGAUAAUAAAUAUAUUCGUUAUUUCCCUGGUCAUACAAAAAAGGUUGUUACAUUGUGCAUGUCACCUAUAGAUGAUAGUUUUCUAUCUGGUUCAUUAGAUAAAACAAUCAGAUUAUGGGAUCUCAGAUCGCAGAAUUGUCAGGGCUUGAUGCAUUUAUCUGGAAGACCAGUUGCGUCAUUUGAUCCUGAAGGACUUAUUUUUGCUGCUGGAAUUAAUUCUGAAACAGUUAAACUUUAUGAUUUAAGAUCUUUCGACAGGGGACCAUUUGCAGCAUUUAAAUUGCCACAAGAUAAAGAAUGUGACUGGACUGGUGUUAAAUUUAGUCCUGAUGGUAAAUUAAUAUUGAUAUCAACUAAUGGUGGUGUAUUACGGCUACUUGAUGCUUUUCAAGGAACACCCUUACAAAAUUUUACUGGUUUUACAAACAAUAGAGGGUUACCAAUAGAAGCAUCUUUCAGUCCAGAUUCACAGUUUGUAUUUUGUGGUUCAACUGAUGGUAAAGUACACAGUUGGAGCACGGAAACUGGUACUAAAUUAGCAAUAUUACAAGCAGAUCAUCCGGGUCCAAUACAAAAUUUACUUUUUAAUCCUAAAUAUAUGAUGAUGGCUUCAGCUUGUUCAAAUAUGGCAUUUUGGUUACCAUUAGUUGAUGAAUGA